AUGGCGUUGGAGUCUUUCCCCAAGUCUGUUCCGCCCGUGCUCCCACCCACUCGCUUGCCCCAUAAUCUCUACCCCGAUGCCGUUCCUCUUACCCUCAUUGACACACCUUCCAGCCUGGGAAAGCAAGGCGCGCGCAAUGCAGAAUUGAAGCGAGCUGAUGCGGUGGUUUUAACCUAUGCUUGCAAUGAGCCGUUGAGCUUUGAGCGUUUGAGUACAUACUGGCUCCCUGAACUGCAGAAGUUGGAGGUGAAGGCACCAGUGAUUGUGGUUGGUUGCAAGCUUGACCUGCGGAAUGAAAACCAGCUAGUGAGUUUGGAGAGUCUCACCACAAAUAUCAUGCAACAUUUCACUGAAAUUGUCACUUGUGUUGAAUGCUCUGCUGCUACACUUUAUCAGGUCCCUGAAGUUUUUUAUUUUGCCCUAAAAGCAGUACUGCAUCCAGUAGAUCCAUUGUUUGAUUAUAAAAGACAUGGUUUAACAGAUCGAUGUGUGAGGGCAUUAAGAAGAAUAUUUAUUCUCUGUGAUCAUGACUUGGACGGUGCUCUCAAUGAUGAAGAACUAAAUGAGUUUCAGGUUAAAUGCUUCAAUGCAGCAUUGCAGCCACCUGAAAUAGAAAAGGUCAAAACAAUUGUAGAGCAGAAAGUACCUGACGGAGUCAACUCUAUUGGUCUUACCUUUCCAGGCUUUAUUUAUGUCCAUAAUAUGUUUCUAAAGAAAGGGCGAACAGAGUCAUUGUGGGUUGUUCUAAGAAAGUUUGGAUAUGAUAAUGAUUUAAAACUCAGGGAUGAUUUCCUUCCAGUUCCAUCUGUGAAUGCUUCUGAUCAGCAGAGUGUGGAGCUGACAAGUGAAGCUGUAGAUUUUCUGAAUGGUAUCUUUCGAUUUUUUGAUACAGAUAAAGUAUGUAUAACUUCUUUGGAUUAUCUUGACCACUACUAUGUUCUUUAA